CAAUCUUUUUAUUUUCACACAAAUAGAUGUAAUAUUGAAACAUAUAGAUGAAAACGAAUUAUUAGGAGACAUUAAGGCUUUGUAUUAUAUAUUAAAACGAAUUAUUAGGCAAUUUUAUUUUGCAGGCAUUGUGUGCUCCGCGCGCAACGUACGUCGUCGUUUCAUGACGAUGAAUCGCUCCGUGAAAGUGGCGGUAAUCGGGGCAGGUGUAUCGGGCCUCGUGGCCGCGCGCGAGCUCCAACGCGAAGGCCACAACGUCGUCGUUUUCGAGCAAAACGACGACGUGGGAGGAAACUGGGUCUACGACCCGCGAACCGAGUCCGACCCUCUCUGCCUCGACCCGAACCGCGAAACCAUCCACGGGAGCCUCUACGCCUCCCUCCGAACCAACCUCCCGAGGGCGCUCAUGAGCUUCCGCGACUUCCCGUUCCUGAGGACCGGACACGACCCGAGAACGUUCCCGAGCCACGAGGAAGUGCUCCGUUUUAUAAAGCGGUUUGCGGAGGAGUUUGGGAUACGAAAGGUGACUAGGUUCGGCACGAGGGUGGUUCGGGUAGAGAGGGAGGAGGGUCGGUGGGUGGUGGAGUGGUUGGUUCGGGGAUCCGGUUCGGUUAGCCGCGAAGUAUUCGAAGCGGUUGUGGUGUGUUCGGGUCAUAACUCGGUUCCUAGAAUUGCAGAAAUUGCAGGGAUUGAGAACUGGAGAGGGUUCCAAAUGCAUAGCCAUAACUAUCGUGUACCUGAACCUUUUCGCGACCAGAUUGUGCUUUUAGUUGGUUAUGGACCUAGUGCUUUUGAUAUCUCACAAGAUAUUUUACCAACGGCGAAGGAGGUUCAUAUAGCAGUCAAAGAUAAUCGAUUCGGUGUCAAGUUUGAAAAUUUAAUUUACCACGAUAUGAUAAAAUGUGUGAAUGAAGAUGGCUCGAUUACCUUUCAAGAUGGAUCAUCAAUUUUCGCAGAUACCAUAAUCCACUGUACUGGAUACAAAUACCAUUUUCCAUUUCUUGAAACCAAAGGAAUUGUAACAGUUGAAGACAAAUGUGUUGGGCCAUUAUACAAACACAUCUUUCCUCCAGCAUUAGCACCUUGGCUUUCUUUCAUUGGGAUCGCCACCAAGGAGGCUAUCUUUCUUCUUGCUGAAUUACAAUCUAUGUAUGUUGCAAGAGUUUUAUCUGGAAAGAUUCUUUUACCUACUGAAGAAGAGAUGAUGGAUGCUGUUGAAGAUAUCUAUCGACAAAUGGAGAACAAUGGCUUGCCCAAAACCUGUGCUCUUUCAUUAAUUGAAUUUGUCUGGCAGGUUGAUUAUAAACAUUGGUUAGCUGCACAAAAUGGGUUGCCUCCUUUGGAAGAGUGGAGGGAAAAUCUCUUAGCAGAAUGCUUCAAGAAAUUAAUUGAAUUGCCUGACAAAUACAGAGACCAAUGGGACGAUGCUUAUUGGGAUUCCGUCUUUCAAACUACAUCUACUUCCCAAAAUCGAAUAUAAAUACACAAUGUUAAGUAUCUUCUACCACAUAAAAACUAUGGGAUUGUAGCCAUAAUUAAAUUAAAUUAUCCAAAUAUAAAUAUAAUUUUUCAGACAUUUCCUAUAUCACUAGGUAUUGAUCCUCGAUGUAUGUUAAUCGCGAGUGUAAUAAAUUUGAAAGUAAUCCAAAUUGUCUCUA